AUGCGACGCAGCCCAGAGUCGGCCUUGUCUGGGCGAAGGUGCAGAGAGAUCGCGGCGGGCGCAGCCUUGAGCGCCGGAGCGCGUCCCUGCCCUCAACGGGGCUUGCCCCAGUCGCAGAGGCGCAUCCAGCCGCUGCGGCUGACAGCAGCCGCGCGCGCGCGGGAGUCUGCGGGGUCGCGGCAGCCGCACUUGCGCGGGCGACCAGCGCGAGGUCCCCGCCCGGUUGGGCGGGCAGCGACGGCCGGGGAGAGGACAAGACAAUCUUGGAGGUGCCCGAGCGUUACAAAACCUGUCUCCAGUGGGCUCCGGCGCCUAUGGCUCUGUGUGGUGAGCGUCGCUGGGCCUCGCUGGGGCUGCUGUGGUCAGGGUGAUCCCUCGCGCCCGAGGGCCAGACCUGCCCCACGGCUCAGCGUUGCGUCAAGUGGCAGGAAUUUUCCUCGGGGGAGGGCAUUGCCCUCAGGUCCGCUGCGAGAGGUACUGGGGAACAGGUCUUGGAAUUCCGUCCCUAUCCUGAAGACGGAGGUGUGGUCAGAAGAAGAGCCGCAAGAACCAAUGAAGAUGGACGAUCAGGUAGAGACCCAGGGGCAGGAGGAGGAGAAAGGAGGCCCCUAUAGCAAUGGGGGAGCAGCAUCCACCUCAAGGGCCCUGGAGACUCAGGGAAACCUCUCUUCGCUCGGCUACAGUCCCAUGGCCUUAAAGGGAAAUGUCCAUAGCAGGAGCCUGACAGAAACGAACAGAACUGACAAGGUCCAGGUACCUGCAGUGAGUUUCCACUCCGAGGGCCACGGAGUGCCUAGCGCACAGAGCCCUGCAGGAGGCGUCCUUACCUUUGGGAAGCCUGACUCAGCUCCAGCAGUGCUCCCUGGCCCAGUUCCCGGCUGCUCCCAUUGGCCAGAGAAGGCAGCCUCUCAGGUGCUGGGGAAAGACCACCUGCCCAGCUCCUCAGGCUUGCAGAUGUGGGGGAAGGAGACCCAGCACAAGGAUCCUGCAGCUCUUGUAACAAGCAGCUCUUCUCCACCCAGAGCUGCCAGCCACAGUUCCCGGCAACGAAAACGGUCAGGGCAACCCCAGCAGCUGCCACUGGUCCCUCCCCAGCAAUGGAGGUGGGGGAGAGAUGAGGGGCCCUCACCCGCUACAUGUCCCCGCCUAUCCCUGGAGAGAUUUACGGACAACAUGGGGGCAUUAGGUAGAAAACCACAAUCCAGGAGACUGAAAAAAACGACAUGGGAGGAUAAAGAAGAUACGGUAAACUGCAGUGCCAGCCAUCCUGACCCGAUGUCUCUUGACCUGCUGAGACUACCUGCCCCAGGCCACCUACAUGUCACAGGUCCUAGCUCCUCCUCCUAACUC